AUGGAAACCCUCAGUGAUGAGGUCUGGGAUGUCGUUAUAGCCGGCACAAGUAAAGCUCAGUCGCUCUUGGCAUUGUCACUUUCCAGGUCGGGCAAAAAAGUCCUGCAUCUCGACCGUCACCCUUAUUAUGGAGGGACUGAUGCCGGUCUAAGCCUGCAAGAUGCAGAAGAGUGGGCUCGAGACUUGGAGAGAUCUUCCAACAACGUCUUCCAACGAGCCUCCAUAUCGAAACCUACCCACAGCGAUGAAGGCAGCACCGAGACCAAGCUUGGUUCGUCUAGAGCUUACACCCUCAGCCUGAACCCACAGAUUAUCUACGCCCGAUCCGACUUCCUUCCGAAACUAGUUUCUUCACGGAUACAUAGUCAGCUCGAAUUUCUGGCUGUCGGUUCGUGGUGGGUCCACAGGCAUGGAGCAUUGCACAAGAUCCCAAGCACGCGCGAGGAUGUCUUCAAUGAUGAGUCGCUGUCCAUGAAGGACAAACGUGCACUUAUGAAAUUCCUUCGACACGCUUUGCAAGAAGAUGCGGAAUCAUUGCCUGAUCAAGAGGAAGAAGCCCUGAUGUCGCUGCAAGAGGCUCUUGACACUAGAUUCAAAAUCCCCAAGUCUCUACACGCGCCGCUCCUUGCACUUGCGCUCUCUCCUGUGGCUGCACAUUCCAUUCCUUUCGGUACAGCUCUGGCUAGGAUCAGGAGGCAUAUGCGCUCAAUGGGCUAUUUCGGUCCAGGCUUCGGUGCUGUCAUAGCGAAAUAUGGGAACACGUCGGAAAUCGCCCAAGUGGCCUGCAGGGCGGGAGCUGUCGGAGGCGGCGUAUAUCUGUUAGGGCACGAGUUGAAAACACUCGACUCUGUCAAGGACGACUCCGCGAGCACAGACGAAACCGGCAACAAUCCUGUUCUGCUCGAAGGCUCACUCUCGGAUGGCACUCGAAUUAGGUCUCGAUUUGUUACCGGGACCCUGGAUGAUCUUUCGCCACUACAGCCAGCGUCAUCUGAUGACGCGCCAUCUUCCGGCACCUGGAAAUCAGUCAAUAUCGUGGCAGAUCCACUGAAGACACUCUUCCCCCAAUCCUCCGACAAUGGACCAGUACCGGCUGCAGCAAUUGUGUUGGUAGACACGGAUACUGAGAACCCUGGUAAGAGUCCGAUUUAUCUGCAGAUACACACUGAAGAUACUGGUGAAUGCCCAGCCGGUCAAUGUGUCAUCUAUGCGUCCGUGGCUGCGGAUGACGAGACUGCAAAGGACAGGCUUGAAGCUGCAUUCGACGGGUUUAUUGAGACGGCCGGUGCCAAACAUUCGCUUCUCUGGUCACUGUCGUAUCUAGUGCUCGGACCUGCGGAUGAACCAGCCUUAUCUUACCCUCGGUUACGCAAGCACUCCUCCCAUGUCCUGGUCUUUCCCCCGGAGCCUAGUGAUAUCUCUUUUCCUGACGGUGUCCUCGAUACAGUAAAGGAGGCUUGGGCACUUAUUCUUGGGGCAAGCGCGGCAGACGACUCCUUCUUGAAAUUCGAGGCAGGCGACAUUGACGCCGAGCAGUGA